AUGAAUCCUCCUACGAGAUAUCAGGAUGAACAAGUUAGUGAUAUGCAUGAUGGAGAGUACGUCRGAAAGGCAGCGGUAGCUAAAGAUGGCGACCGGCAAAAGCAAUUUCUUAUCGACACUCCCUUCCCCAAAAGUGUUGAGCAAGCAACAGCCAAAGACAUCAAAAGUCCAAGUGAUUCCAAACAAACCAUCAACCCUAUAGUGAAGUCAUCAAGYCCCAAAAAUGCCUGGGGAAAUUCCUCGUAUGCAGAACUUAUUACCCGAGCCAUAAUGUCCUCUCCUAACAAGAGGAUGACUCUACAGGAAAUCUACGCCUGGAUAAGUGAUAAUAUCCCRUAUUUUAUGGACAAGAAAGAUGKUYCAASCACAACUGGAUGGAAGAAUUCAGUCCGCCACACUCUUUCUAUCAGAAAACGCUUUGUACGUAUUCGCAACACCGAAUAUGGUACUUUCAACUACAAGAGUUACUGGACGAUMGACCCAAACGAAGAAACAAGAAAGCAUUCCAGAGGUCGGAGUUCCGCGGGAAGUCCUUCUGUGAACUCCAAUAACAUUCGUGAUCCACAAACAAGUGACACAAGAAUAGCUAUAAUGAGAAACGGAUUGAUAUAUCAGAGGCCAAAAAUAGAAUUACCAGGGUCUUGUUGUCCGUAUUGUGAAGGGCAUAGCAGAUUGAGUGUCGCGUUACAAUACCAACAUGGUCUUAGUUACUAUAGUUACCAAUUUUAAUAAGGCCAAGAGCCUCUUUAUAGUUUUCUUAGUUUCUGAAAAGGAAAAGCAUUUUUAUCCGAGUCGUUUUGCA